CUGCGAGCUUCAUGGCUGCUGAAAGGACAGCAGAGGUUUGAACAGACUGAACCUAUUACUCGCUUAAUUGGCCCACUUCCGUAAUUAACACGGCGGGGGCGCGAGUGCCAGUAAAGAAGGAUUUACCGGAAAUGACGAUUACAAUAUGUCAUCCCAACUCACUUAAAAUAAUCCCUGUCAUUCUAAUUUUUGAUUGGACGUCUAUAUUUCUAUUUUAUUUAAUGAAGAAUAUAGGUAUAUACAUUACAUAGUGUAGAUAUAAAACUGGCGAUGAUUGCGGGUGGGACCAGGCUCUAUUCAACAUCCGGGUACCCAGAUGGAACACCCACGACAACUUGUAAUCAGCUAACAACAUCAGGUGAACUAACUUGUGUCGCCUUCAAUGACACUCAGACACCUCAUUGUCCGAAUAUGGUGGAACCACUGUGGAGAUAUAACUUAUUGGAGCACUAACUUCGAGAGUAGCAGUUAAAUGUAGCUGUUACUGACUUCGCCGUCGUGGAAAGUUGAGUGUGCUCAAGUGGACCACUCGAGAGUUUUUAAGACCCCCCAUCAAAUCCUUAAUGAGCUUGAUGCUAACCUGCUAACAACACGACAAAGAAGUGAUGGCUGAAGAAGCUAAUUUAAAGAAAACCACUGGGGCCGUCUCAUUGCUCGCCACAACAUCUUUGAGUCAUCUCAGUCAGAAUGGAGAUGAAAGGAGUUGUUUCAGAGAAUCUAAAGAAGUGUGCUGAGUCUAAACACAACAGUUUGUGCAAGGAAGAGAAGGAACCCAACAAGACCGCAGAUGAAACCAAAGUGUCUCACAUAGAAAAAGCCUACAGCACAAUACUGGCGGAGCUCGGAGAGGACAUCAACCGAGAGGGACUUCUUAGAACACCACUUCGUGCUGCCAAAGCCAUGCAGUUUUUCACCAAGGGCUACAAAGAAACCACCCAGGACAUCUUGAAUGAUGCUAUCUUUGAUGAGAACCAUGAGGAGAUGGUGAUUGUCAAAGACAUUGACUUGUUCUCUCUAUGUGAAAAUCACCUGGUUCCCUUCUUUGGCAAGGUUCACAUAGCAUAUCUUCCAAACAAGAAAGUGGUUGGUCUGAGCAAAAUAGCAAGAAUUGUGGAAAUCUACAGUAGGAGACUUCAAGUUCAGGAGCGUCUAACCAAGCAGAUCGCUUCAGCAAUCGUUGAGGCGCUGGACCCUACCGGAGUGGCGGUGGUCAUCAAGGCUGUUCACAUGUGCAUGGUGAUGAGGGGUGUGCAGAAGAACAAUGCAAGUACUCUGACAAACGUCAUGUUGGGAGCCUUUAAUGAUGACCCCAUCAGACGCAAGGAGUUCCUCAACCUUGCACUGUUUUUCUACAUCGGGGAAAACCAGGCUGGUUUUCACACUUUUUACUGUAGUGUGAAGCGAUCAAAACACCCAAACAUCUUCCAAUAAUCAUUUCUACACUUGAAUGAAACAAUGUGGUAUGUGUUGUUAUUAUACUAUCAAAAACAAUCUCACACAUAGCGACAACCAAGGUCUGUAGAGUAGGCAAAAAUUUUACUUGCCGCAUUUUUCGGGCCAUAGGGCGUACUGGUUUAUAAGGCGCUCUGCUAAUGAGCGGGUCCAUUUUCAUACACAAAGCCCACUGGAUUAUAAGGCACAUUAAAGGGGUCAUAUUAUAAUUGUUCCUCUACAUUUAAAACUCUUCCUUGUGGUCUACAUAACAUGUACUGGUUAGUGUUUUUGGUCAAAAUUUUGCAUAAAUUGUUUUACAGACCAGUUUCGAGCCGCUUUCUGACCGUUUCUUCAGGAUGCGCACACUCACAACCGCAUAAUCCAGGUUGGUUAGUCCGAUUUUUCAAAACCAAACAUGAUCAGAUUAAGGGGUUUCCAUGGGUUGCAGGAGGCUUAUUUAGAGCCGAACUACUUGAGAAAUCUGAAUAAUUUAGUGCAUGGACACGUACUGUUUGUUGCACCGGUAGUUUUUAACACUUCCAUAGCGUGACCACUGAAAGUUACAACUAUACACUACUUUAUAUUAGAAAUGGCAACAGUGGAGGAUGAAUGCCCCACAACAAGAGGAUAAAGAAAAAUAACGAGUCUACGGACUACAACAUAGACUACAAUGGCAAACACGCACACAUUUUUUCGACUUAUGCAGAUCCUAAAUACAUCAGCAUUAACCAAUAUGUAAGAAAAGUCGGUGUUGCAUAAUAGGUCAAAAUAAAAUGCAAGAUAAAGUCUCCUAAUAGGUGCCAUUUUGUGGUCCUUAUACAGACACCAUGAUAAUACACGUAUGUUGGAGCACAGUAUGUCUGACUACGAUGGCCAUAAUGUGCUUACAAUCCAUCAAGCAGUGCGGCGUUCUAGCUUACCAAAGUUGUAGCAAUACAUUUUGACAGGAUUUUGAGCGCUCCGUGUAAUGUUCUAUAUUCGCGAGGAAACAUCAAAGUGUUGGUGUUGCUUGCUUACGGGUACUUGCUCGUGUCAUUUUUUAAACAGGCGUCAACUUGCAUCCAACACGUUUUGCUUAUGUGUGACUGCCAUCUACUGGUUACACCAUGUUCCACAACCAUAGUUAAUACAUAUUGAACCUGAUGUACACUGUCGAUUUUUGAAAAAAUGGAAAGCUACUCAAAGUAAAGCCGCUGCUCCUUGAUUGAUUGAUUGAUUGAUACUUUUAUUAGUAGAUUGCACAGUACAGUACAUAUUCCGUACAAUUGACCACUAAAUGGUAACACCCGAAUAAGUUUUUCAACUUGUUUAAGUCGGGGUCCACGUUAAUCAAUUCAUGGUACAAAUAUAUACUAUCAACAUAAUACAGUCAUCACACAAGUUAAUCAUCAUAGUAUGUACAUUGCAUUAUUUACAUUAUUUACAAUCCGGGGGGUGGGAUGAGGAGGCCACAGGGAAGACCCAGGACACAUUGGGAAGACUAUGUCUCCCGGCUGGCAUGGGAACGCCUCGGGAUCCCCCGGGAAGAGCUAGACGAGGUGGCUGGGGAGAGGGAACUCUGGGUUUCUCUGCUUAGGCUGUUGCCCCCGUGACCCGACCUCGGAUAAGCGGAAGAAAAUGGAUGGAAAGCUAUUAAGUGUGCCUUAAAGUCCAAAAAUACGGUACAUGCAAAACACACUUUUCUUACCUAUAGGUAGCUGUUUUUGUGUAUUUGGGAUCUGCAUCAGUCCUGAAAAUGGAAACUCAAACCAUAGAGGUAUUGUGGAGAUAUUUAGAAAACAAUCUUGCCUGCCUUUAUAUUGCCUUCAAAUGAGCCGUCCCGAAGAGCUUUUUGCGGCUCUGCCACUGUGAUCAGACACUGGAGUCAAUAAGCUAUUCUUUGUCUUUCUCUUUCCUCUCAUUGUGGUGCAGACUGGCUCGUACAUGCACAUGCAUCCUCCGCUGUUGCCAUUUCUAAUACAAAGUAGCAUAUAAACUACAACAUUGAUGACGAGGAGAAGAUGCUGUCAAAUUGGAGGCAUGUAAAUAAGACCCGCCCACAAAACGGUGCAUCCCAAAGAGACAUUUAGAAAGAGGUUUGAAGAUGGUCUAUAAAAGAUAAUCUAUGCAACAUUUGGACCAAAGAACCUUUAUUACAUGUCAUGUAGACCACACGUACUGUAAGUGUUUUACAAGUAGAAAAAAAGUCAUAGGAGAGCACGGGUGUCAAACUGGAGGCCUGUAAAUAAAUAAUUACGCGUCAAUGAAGUACAAACCCCGUUUCCAUAUGAGUUGGGAAAUUGUGUUGGAUGUAAAUAUAAACAGAAUACAAUGAUUUGCAAAUCCUUUUCAACCCAUAUUCAAUUGAGUGCACUACAAAGACAAGAUAUUUGAUUUUCAAACUCAUAAACUUUAUUUUGUUUUGAAAAUAUUAAUUAACUUAGAAUUUCAUAGCUGCAACACGUGCCAAAGUAGUUGGGAAAGGGCAUGUUCACCACUGUGUUACAUCACCUUUUCUUUUAACAACACUCAAUAAACGUUUGGGAACUGAGGAAACUAAUUGUUGAAGCUUUGAAAGUGGAAUUCUUUCCCAUUCUUGUUUUAUGUAGAGCUUCAGUCGUUCAACAGUCCGGGGUCUCCGCUGUCGUAUUUUACGCUUCAUAAUGUGCCACACAUUUUCGAUGGGAGACAGGUCUGGACUGCAGGCAGGCCAGGAAAGUACCCGCACUCUUUUUUUACAAAGCUACGCUGUUGUAACACGUGCUGAAUGUGGCUUGGCAUUGUCUUGCUGAAAUAAGCAGGGGAGUCCAUGAAAAAGACAGCGCUUAGAUGGCAGCAUAUGUUGUUCCAAAACCUGUAUGUACCUUUCACCAUUAAUGGUGCCUUCACAGAUGUGUAAGUUAUCCAUGCCUUGGGCACUAAUGCACCCCCAUACCAUCACAGAUGCUGGCUUUUGAACCUUGCGUCAAUAACGGUCUGGAUGGUUCGCUUCCCCUUUGGUACGGAUGACGCGAUGUCGAAUAUUUCCUAAAACGAUUUGAAAUGUGGACUCAUCAGACCACAGAACACUUUUUCAGUCCAUCUUAGAUGAUCUCGAGCCCAGAGAAGCUGGCGGCGUUUCUGGAUUUUGUUGAUAAAUAACCAACAAUAAAUAAAAUAAGUCUUACCAUUAAUGCGACUUCUUGAACAGACGCAGUAGAAACCGGAACAGUGUCAAAAACGUUAUUUUUGACACUGUGAUUAACAGCGGAAUUAUUCAUUACUUACCGUGUUAAGCAAAGUCAGCUAAGAUUUAUCUGAGAGCCAGGUGCAGUCAUCAAAAGACCCACAUCUGGCUCUAGAGCCAUAGGUUCUCUACCCCUGGUGUAAAGCAUAGAAGACAAAUACUAAACAUUUUAAAUAAAACAAAGAAAGCACACUCACUUUAAUAUUUUACAUUUCUACUACUUAAGAAACAAUACCCUCUGGUGGUGAGAUGUAAGUGUGACAACCAACAUUGUUUUUCCUCUACUGUACAAUUGUAAUGAUCCGGUAGUGGACCUUUUUAUUGAAGCAUAAAUUGUCUGAAAAAUGUAAUAUUUCUUAUGUUUUAAUUGUGU